AUGUCACGAAGACCAAUGGAUGAUGAAUAUAUUGAUAUUGAUGAUACCCUAGACACUAAUCAAGAUGAAGAAAGAGGCAAAGGUGGAUAUGCUUGGGAAGAAGAAUAUAAACGAAGUUGGGAUGUCCUACAAGAAGAUGCGGAAGGGCGACUCAGUAGUGUUGUGGCACAGUUACAACAACAGCGGAAACGAAGAAGAUUACUAAAGGAUACAGAUGUUAUUCAACGUGGCAUUAUUCGACAUGUGUUUUUGGUAUUAGAUCUAUCUGAAGCUAUGAAUGAAAAAGAUCUUCGACCUAGUCGUGUGGAACUGACAUUGAUGUAUGCACAACAAUUUAUUAACGAAUUUUUUGAUCAAAAUCCCAUUUCACAACUCGGUAUUAUUGUCACUCGAGAUGGUAUUGCUGAAAAACUGACGGAACUUAGUGGCAAUCCAAGUGACCAUGCAAGAGCACUUCAAUCUAAGAAAAAUAUUGAAACAAGUGGUGAACCCUCUCUUCAAAAUGCAUUACAACUAGCAAGAGCAAGUAUGGUUGGUGUACCAAGUCAUGGAUCCAAAGAAGUCUUAUUAGUAUUUGGUGCUUUAACAACAUGUGAUCCUGGUGAUAUUCAUGAAACUAUUGGUCUUUUGAAAAAAGAAAUGGUACGAGUCAAUAUUGUUGGAUUAGCUGCUGAAGUGCAAAUCUGUCGUGUUUUAAGUCGUGCUACAAAAGGUUCUUAUGGUGUUAUAUUGAACGAAGCUCAUUACAAGGAUUUAUUAUUUGAAGCUAUUCCUCCACCUGCGGUGGCUCCCAAUAAGAAUACAGCUAAUCUUGUCACCAUGGGAUUUCCAAGAAGACUAAUGGAAGAUCAUGCUACUCUUUGUGUUUGUCAUCCUGGCAAAUUGACAUUAGGUGGUUAUAUAUGUCCUAGAUGUAAAUCUAAAGUGUGUGAAUUACCAAGUGAUUGUGAUGUAUGUGGAUUGACUCUUGUUUCUUCUCCUCAUUUGGCAAGAUCAUAUCAUCAUUUGUUCCCUGUAGAUAACUUUGAUGAAAUUCGACAACCUGGUCAUUUCACUCAUUGCUCAUCCUGUUUAGUACCUUUUGACAAGAAUGAUCUGGCUGGCCAAUUUACCUGUCCCAAGUGCAAACACGAAUUCUGUGCUGAUUGUGAUCUUUUUAUACAUGAAGUCUUACAUAAUUGUCCUGGAUGUUGGAGUUGA